CGAGCGUCAUUGUGCUGCGCCGAGCACGAACGCGAGUGCGAACGUGAAACUGCUAGUCCACACUUUUAUAUUUUUCUACUUUUAUAUCUAAUAUUGUAUAGUUUGUUUACUUUUUAUUAAUUAGAAGUAUAUUUUCUCAUCAUAAAUAAGCUUCUGAUCACGUACCUUAAUUUCGAAACUCGCAACGUUUUAGAUAAUUACACGUUAAUGAAUUCAAUGUUUUAUUAUUAAAAAAAAAUCAAGUUUUUCAUAACCGAAUAACGAAACGUAAACACUCACUACAAUGCAUAUAGAAGUACAAGUAGCACUAAACUUCGUCAUUUCGUACCUGUACAACAAACUCCCGCGACGAAGAGUGAACAUAUUCGGAGAAGAACUUGAAAAAGCCUUAAAAGACAAAUUUCAAGGACAUUGGUAUCCAGAUAAACCGUUCAAAGGUUCCGCGUUCAGAUGUAUAAAAACCGGCGACCCAGUUGAUAAGGUGUUAGAACGAGCUGCUCGAGAAAGCGGCGUGACCAUUCAAGACAUUUUGGAAAAUCUUCCCCAAGAAUUAGCGGUAUGGGUUGAUCCAGGUGAAGUCAGUUAUAGAAUCGGCGAGAAGGGGGCAGUUAAAAUUCUGUUUAGCGAGAAAGGCGAUCCCCAAGACGAAAGCUCGGCCGAUAGAGAAGUCACCAAGACAUUUAACCCAGAAGCUCAAUGUUUCAAACCGAUCGAUUCAGUUAGUUCGAGUUUAAGUAAUCUAAGUUUAUCUCCAAAAUCUUCACCGUUUACCUCUCAAGCUGCAAUUACAACUCCACAAGUACCUGCUAAUAGUAUUGUCCAAAAUGCAAACCAAAAUAUUAACCAUCUUUCGUCGCCCUCGUCCGCACCGUCGCCGACCUCCGUAGGAAACUCGUACAAGGGAUCUCCGUCGCCCGUCCCUUCCUUUAUUCCGCGAACGACAACGCCGCUCACAUUUACUACGGCCACCUUUGCUCAGACCAAAUUUGGAAGCACUAAGUUGAAGACCAGUAGCAAGAGAGCAAACAGAAUGUCUCCUACGGAAUUUUCAAAUUACAUCAAACAACGUGCUAUGCAACAACAAAUGCAUCAACAGCAGGCCCAGCACCAUUCUCCGGGAGGUCGAGCGCUCUCCCCGGAUCCCUCGGCAUAUUAUUAUUCUCACGGUCCAUACGCGCACCAGUUCCCCCAUCGCUCCAUGUUUGAGUCUUCCAAUCAGUUCCUUAGCGCUGAUCUGUAUCCAGGCAAAUUACCUUUUGAUCACACACCUCUGGGAUCGUACUAUCCCAACAAUGCAACAAUGGGUGCCCCAACAACGACGCCCAAUACUCCACAAGAUAGUAAUAAAUUGUUAGAUAAUUGGCCGUAUCCCUCUGCGGGCCAAUAUCAGCACCUCUUGGUGGCCAACUGAGGCCUGUCUUAGAGUUGUUUAUCAUUUUCUCGGUUAUAUGCAGUUACUUAUUCAUUAGUUACCAUGUGGUGCUAUCAAUUGUGGUGCGAAUUAAUCAAUUUUGAUAACACGCAUUGUGGUAUCGAAUGUGUUUUAGCCGUAGUAGUGAUUAACGUUAAUUUCUUAAUAAAAUGAAUCCCAGCUUGAAACUUGAUAGUUCUUUUUAUAAAACUUUAGGUAUAGACUAGAUGUUUCUUACUUUAUAUAUGGUGUUUACAGUAUUCUUAUAGAGUAGUACGUUUUCUAAAUUUUUUAUAAAUAAUGUAUUUUUUAUUUUUGUAAAAAAAAGAAGCUCAAGCUGUCAUCUAGUCCCAGAGAUUAUUAUACAUGUUCUAUUUAAUGUUGUAGGCAUAUCAUGGCCGGUUUUAUAAACUGCGUGGCCGAGAUAAUAAAAGAGGUCCCUUGUUCUGUGUUAUUUUUUAAGUCAGUAUUGCUAGUGCAUGCCAUAGCCUGAGUUAAAUGCUGGGUUCCUAGAUGCUUCCUCCUCCAAAGCUACAAGCUAUUUUAUACUGCUUCAAUUUUGUUACACUUUAUUUUUUCACCAUUGUAUUAAAUUGUAUAGAUUGUUAAAUACAAUAUAUAUUUUGUUAAUAGUUUGAUUGCACUUGGUUAUUUUAUAUGUACCUGACUGACAUUGUUAACUAUCUUUGUAGAUCAAUUGUUCUCUAGCCAAUUUGUUACCUAAUUAGGAAAUUUAUAAGGGAUGAUUUGGAGAAGUGAUUUCAAAAAUCAUUAUCUGUAAACGUUUUCUACUAUCUAUUUGUAAAUGCAAAUGGCUUGUCACGAUUAUAAAUCACAAUCAAAAUUGUUUGGGCUGUAACAUUAUGCAAUUGGAAAAUCCACGUCACAAGUCUAAUGGUACUUCAUUGUAAAACUGUAGUUAAUAUGAUAAGCACGUGUAUUAAUUUAUUGGAUGAAUAUUCUCCUUUAGUGAUAAAGUAUAUUUUUUCUAAGGAAUAAAAAGAGAGGCGCUUAUAAGUUGUAGGAGUUUAAAUACGGGACGUGUUUGCCUUCUUAGAUGGUUGUAAAGAGUUUUUCAACGGUGUCAGCGUUACCUGUUAGUCUUUAGCUAACGCGGAAAUAAUUAAUUCUUUCAUUUUUUUAAUAAGAUCACAUGUAGACAAUUUGGAAGAGUUACCCAACAAUUUAGGCGCAUAUCAAUGGGUUUCGUUAAUCCAAAUUAAAGUCUUAAAAUUAAAAUGAAAGGGAUAUAUUUCGGUAGCAAGACGUAAGUUACAAAAUGUAUAUGAUUCAAAUUAUAGAUUACUCAAUUAUUUUAUAUACUUGCUUGUACGUAUUUGCAUUUUAUCUAUCUAAGAUCUGUAUAUAAUCGUAGUUAACUUGUUGUUCAUGUAUCUUUGUAACCGUGUAGCCUCAUUAGGGUAUGGUACAGAUAAAAACACAGUUCUGUAGCAAUUUUUUAUAGUUCUAUUUUGAUGAAUUUUUACAGUUUCGCAAGUGGUCGCAGUAACAUUGUGUACCGAGCCAACUAAUGUAGUAGUAUAAUUUUGUAAACAAUGUGGGUCAUAUAUGAUAAUAUAAGUAGGUAUAUAAUGUGAAAUUGUCGGGAACAGCGAAUGGUAAUUACAUAUUGGCUCGCAAUGUUGGUUACCACUUGCUAUGUUAUUUAUUAUUACGGAUACAAUAUUAAGUAGGGACUGAAGCCCAAAGGAAUGUGAUGGCUCUUUUUUACUAUUAUAGGUAGCUAGGCUAGGGAACUUGCGACAGGAUCGCUUUAAUCCUUCGGUUAAGGAUUAAAGGACCAACCUGCGCAGGCCUACAUAUUGUGUAUGUCGCUACUAUCUGUGUUAGUUUGUUAUAUCUCUAUCUAAAGUCGUAAAGUUGUAGUUAUCUACAUUGAUAUAGUGAGAACGGAUUUUUCCAUCCCGUUAUAAAAUAAAUAUGUGUAUAAUAGUCUAUAAUUUUUCAUAUUGUUGUACGAUUUUUAAGUUUAUAUUAAAAUGUUUGUGCAUUCAU